AGUUCACUAUUAUUAUUUUAGAUAACCGGAUACGGAAGUCACAAAAACCGAAACAAGUUUAAAAGACCUUUGCUUUAAGAUGGCUUUACGGGGAAUAAAGGUAUUAGAGUUGGCCGGUUUAGCCCCUGCACCUUUCUGUGGCAUGAUACUUUCCGACUUUGGUGCUAAUGUUAUCAGGAUCGAUAAAUUUCCAGCAGGUCCUGAUUUGGAUGUACUAUCAAGAGGCAAAAGGUCUAUAUCGGUUAACCUAAAGAAAUCACAAGGAAGAGAUCUUGUCAAAAAGCUUGCUCUUUCCUCCGACGUUCUCAUUGAGCCGUAUAGAAAGGGAGUAAUGGAAAAGUUAGGACUGGGACCGAAUGACCUAUUGACAGAGAAUCCAAAACUAGUAUAUGCCCGCCUAACAGGUUUCGGUCAGAAUGGACCUUUGGCCGACAGAGCAGGCCAUGACAUAAAUUAUCUAGCCAUCUCGGGGAUGCUUUCUUAUCUUGGUCGUGCUAAUGAAAAGCCUUUGUUUCCAAUAAAUCUGCUAGCUGAUUUUGCUGGAGGUGGUCUAAUGUGCGCAUUUGGAAUAGUUAUGGCCCUUCUUGAAAGGGAGAAAUCGUCGAGAGGACAAGUUGUCGAUACCGCAAUGACUGAAGGAGCUGCCUAUUUAGGCAGCUUUUUAACAUCUUCGCGUAAAUCGUUUAUUUGGAAUCAACCCUACAAAAGAGGAACAAAUAUGUUAGACGGCGGAGCCCACUUUUACGAUACAUACGAAACCAAAGAUGGAAGAUAUAUGGCUGUUGGAGCUAUUGAACCACAAUUUUACGAUGAACUAUUGAAAGGUUUAGGAGUAGACGAAUCAGAUGCGCCGCAUAUGAGUAACUUUGCAGAGAAUAAGAAACUUUUUACAAAUAUUUUUAAGACAAAGACUUUGGCCGAAUGGACUAAAAUAUUCGAGAAUACAGACGCCUGCGUAACGCCUAUAUUAGAUAGUCAAGAAGCUGCACUAUUGAAACACAAUAUUGAUAGAAAAACGUACAUGAAAACAGAAAAUGGCUAUGAUCCGUCACCAGCUCCAAAACUCUCCAGAACUCCUGCUAGUAACGAAGCUAGGCUUAAGCCCCAAAUAGGUCAACAUACCUUAGAAAUUUUAAAAGAAUAUAACCUAUCUAAUCAAGAUAUUGACAAUCUUAUUAAAAAUAAGAUAGUUAACAAUAAUACAGAAUCAAAACUUUAA